GAAUGUACUCCGAAGUCUGUUCAACGAAAAUGAUAUUGGAUAUUCAAUCUGUAUUGUCCUUUGAAAGAGUUAACCUUGUGUAACCAGGUCUGUUACUUGGAGGGCUUUAAGAUGACAAAAGAAAAACCAGGUUUCCUAACUCCAAAAGCUAUAUCAAACAGAAUCAAAUCAAAGGGAUUGCAGAAACUGCGAUGGUACUGCCAAAUGUGUCAAAAACAGUGCAGAGAUGAAAAUGGUUAUAAAUGCCAUACGAUGUCUGAGUCUCAUCACAGGCAAAUGAAACUUUUUGCCGAAGACGGUGGAAAGUUCAUCAGUAGUUUCUCUUCCGAUUUUUUGAAAGGGUACCUCGACAUACUACGUCGGCAGUUUGGUGGGAAACGCGUGCAUUCUAAUGUCGUUUAUCAAGAAUAUAUCAAAGACAAAGAACAUAUACAUAUGAAUGCGACAAGAUGGCAUACACUUACAGGACUGUGUAUGUGGCUUGGAAAACAGGGAAUUUGUAAGGUAGAUGAAACUGAGAAAGGGUGGUUUAUCGAAUACAUCGAUCGCGACCCAGAAAAGUUGAAAAAACAAGAACAGAGUGAGCGUUUGGAAAAGACGGAAGAUGAAAUCAACAAACAGUUUCUAGAGCGUCAAAUAGAACACAAUAUCAACAAAGUUGAACAGACGGAAGGCCCCGUAUACACUCCUCUCAUCCGUAACAAUGAAGAUGAACCAAUUAAAUUGGAGAUUUCUUUGUCUCAAAAAAAGCCACCCGUCCAGGUGAUAAGCACAGAGCUUGCUCCUUCUCCAAGUUCUUCGGAAGAAAAACCUACUCAAAGUCUUAUGACAUUGGGUCCGAAAAAGGAAAGAACUGCAAAUCCACUCUUGAUUGCCGAGAAAAAAGCACGGGAAGAAAAAUCCAAAUCUAGUUCUGAAAAGAAACAAGACGCACGUACUACAGCAGUUUCUGGAGUUCGUCGACGUGCCUUGGAUGAAUUAAUGGAAAAAGAAGAGGCUUUUAAAGACAAGAGAAACCGAAGAGAUUACUGGAUGACGGAAGGUAUUGAAGUCAAGCUAAUCAAUCGCAAACUUCCUGAUGAUCUACGUUGGAGACAUGCCACAGUUUUGAAGAUGCUGGAUAAUUACACGGCUAUUGUACGGACAGUGGAAUGUCACACGAAGAUUAAAGUGGAUCAAAAUCACGUUCAAACAGUUAUUCCUGAACCAUCAUCAACAGUUCUUAUUGUUAAUGGUGCAUACCGAGGAGAGUACGCUACGUUAGAGCAAGUUUUUAAAGAAAAGAAUGUGUGUGAAAUAACAGUGAUGACCGUAAGUUUUCUUAUUAAUGCUUUUAAUGUUGCUUCGCGUUCUCUUUUGACUCUAUAACUAAAUCUUCAAAUGUUUGAAGAUUUUGUCUGGCAAACCUUUCGAUCAUUUUAAUUAAUUAUCGUAAUCUGAUUUCCAAUUACUGCUCUCUUACUUUACAUCAUUUAAUAGCAAUUACCCUGUAUUUUGCAUCUGAUUUCUCAAGUAUGUUUGAUUUUCAAUCCAAAAUUAUUGCUAGUUCAUGUUCCAUCUUUUUGUGUCUAAAUCAUAUAUUCCCACUUUUCAACUUUUAAUAGUGUUGUCUUUUAUAGACUGAAUGGUUUAAUCAUGAGACUUCCAUUGACUUUCUUUGAGAAAACAUUAGUACAGACUCCAAAAUGUAGGUAGUUGCUAGGAUUUCUCCGCGAAUGAGUAAUAUCCUGCUCUGCCAAUAUGGAACGUGAUUGGUUGUUGUAAGUGAUUUUGUUGUUCUUAUCUGGGCAUAUUAUUUUAUUGCAUUUAUAGCACAAAUACUUUGGUAACACUGGAUACCAGAAGAAUGAGUCACAAUAUCUAGACACGUUUUGUAAUUGUUUGGACCCUGUUACUGAAAAGAAACAAAAUACAUUUAGAAAGCAUUUAUCAAAUGAGAAAAAUAAUAACUUUAAGAUUAGAAGUCAGAUAAAAGAAAAUGGCAGGUAAAUAUGUUUACUUACAGUUACAGAACAAUUAAUAAUAACAUUCUAUCACAUACCAUAGUAACACGAUAACCUGUUAGCCACUUAUAACAAAUGUCUAGUAGUUGCUUUAUCGUUGAGGUCUUUCCUUAUGGUUAUGCUUUAAAAAAUAAUAAAAGCCUCAUAAUUAAAUCGAUAGUCUAGGAAAAAAACAACAUCAACUACAAAGCUUUAUUUAAAAAGUAACAUUUAUAUCGUUGUUUUUCCAAGCUUAGCCCAUUUGCAAAAUGAGCAAACUCUUACAUGUGUGCCAAUAGACCCUAGCGUACAACACAAUGCUUAAGUCAGUCCCUUAGUGAUCAAAUAACUCGUGUUUUAAGGUGUAGUUAUGUCAAACUCCGUCCCAUCAUUUCGGUUUGAGUAACCUGGUAAUACACUAGUCUAACAAAUUACAGCUUUACUCUUUUUUAGACCGCACUUCACGUAUGAGGGUUAUUGAUACUAAUUGGCGCCCCAAACCGAUGUAAAUGGAGCGAAAUCCCAACCCACAACACAUUGAUUGAAAGCUGAAUUUUUGACCAAUUAGCCACCACCUUGUACGUAACCAUGUUAUAUUAAUAUCCUCUAAAGCUGAUCACGUAGACCUCUUGGUAAAAUAGUUACAUUACCGACAAUUUUUGAAACUCGAAAUAACCAUUUCAUUUUUCCUCAAAGUAAUUCUCGUAAUCGUAUUGAUCUAUAUGUUAGAGUUUACAUUUAUAAAGACUCAGGUUCUUGGUCAUUUUCUUAAAACAUUGUACUCACUCAGACUAUGGGAGUCUAAAUAUCACGGACUGGUUGUAGUUAAAUAGACACUGAAAAGCAGUAAACCCUGGAUAUGUUUCAUCCUGGCAUGGUACUCCUCAGUAUUGCUCAUUCGAAAUUCUACCGUGGAUCCAACCUAGGACUCUGGUUUCGUCACAAGCCCCUAACCUUUAGAUCACCAAACCACCAUUUAACGGUUCCCAUUUUUUACUUGAAUCAGUUGGUGAUAUUGCCGAAACAUCUUCCAGUGCAAUUGGUGGGUAACUCUCGUGUAUUUAAUAAGGUUAUGGGUGCAUACUGCCGAUGAUACCAGGAAAGAAUGACUACCUAAUGCUUCCUGGUUUCCGAUGAUGGUCUAUGUUUAGUCUGGUGUAAACUAUUAAAUUCAACAACUUCCCAUACUGCUAAUAAUGGUGUUUUAGUGUCUUGUUCGUUUUUGGUGUAGAAUUAACGUCAAUAUAAUCUUAAGCUAUGUAAAAUGUUGCGUACGCCCAACCACCACCUACUUAUAAGCGAAAUGUUAACUGACGAAAUAGGUUGGAAGGUAUCUAUGGACCCUAAAACCAAUAUAGUAUCAACCUUAAUAGCACAGAUACAUUCGCUCUUUAUUUUCUUUCGGGUCUUGAGUCCCAGUAUUCCACCAUACAUACCUUUUCACUCUCUCUUCGAACCACAUUCCGAAUACUUAAUCUCCCGUUAUCAUUACGACUACAUUAUUUCGAAUCCUUUGCUAUUCAUCUUAUUAAUUGCAUGUUGUCAUGCCGAUAUAGUAAGAAAAAGUAAUGUGAUACACGUCUGUACAAGGUUCUGAAUUGGUUAUAACUAACUGACAAACUAUGUGAAGUGUAGAAAAGUCAUCACAAUAAUUUUAAUUUCAUCUGACUCUAUUUAUACGUUUGUAGGCUGAGAUAGUAGACAUUAUUAGUUAAUAAUUAUUAUUUCAGAAGAGUUUUUAUUCUGUUAUAUUCUUCCCAGUGCCUUGUUUUGACCGGCCUUCCUCAGAAGCGUAUAUGUUAAUCUUUGGUGCUUCUUGUUACUAUACACGUGUUCUCAGCUAUUCAUGUCAGAUUAAACUGAUUAGUUCUUUUUUGUUUUUGAAUCCUUCCGAAUUAAAAAUUCCAUUUCCGAAACUAGUGUGAUAUUUUCAUGAUUAUAUAGUGGGAAUUUGUCAGUCAAUCUAUAUUGAUCGACUUCGCCUUUUAUAGUAGUAAUAUAUUUUUUGGACUUGCGUGCUUUUAUUAAAAUCAUAGUGGUACAAAUAUAAGGGGUUCUAUGGCGUUUCCGUAGUUCGCUUUCCAUUUGGUCGGAAAAUCAACUUGCAGUUAUCGGUGAAAAUGAAUAUGUUGUUUCAACAUGCCUUACACGGCAAUUUAUAUCCUCAACACAGCAUAACGAGUAUGUUUCAAUGGAUUCCACAAAUUUUCUAUCAGUUAUGAUGUUUUACCAUUUCUUUUUUUAGGGUCUGUGUAUGGGUCGUCUGGUUAAGAACGUUUCUUUGGAUGAUAUUUGCAAAUUGUCAGAAGCAAGACAGGAACGGUAGAAUUGUUUUCAGUUGUCUUUAGUUAUAUAGGCUUCUGUUGUUCAUUUAUAAUGUACAGUACUUCCAAAUAACAAUCAGAUAUAUUUCUCAUGUUGUUGUUAAUUAAAAACAAGGUUCAUUUUUGAUCAUUUUUAAGAUUCGUAUCAAGCUUUUGUCAAGAUAACAAAUAUAUUUAAGAAACAACUGAUCAUAUUGUUAUCGAAAUGGUUUCAAAGUCAUGGUGGAUAUGCAAACUUCUGUCCAAAAAAAUAUCAUCAAAGUGUCUGACAAGGGUUUGUACUCAUGAUUCUUAAAAAUAUAGAAAACAUUGUGAUCAGCGAUCUCUGAAUACGUAGGAACGAUCAAAUUUUCAGCAACCAAUUAUACAUUUAUUGUUGUUCUUAAGUACAAUCAUUUUGAGCCGGAACUCAAGAGAGUUCCUUAGUUCUGAGAGUUGUACCAACACUAUAAGUUAAAUGUAAGUUCAA